CACCAGGAGAGAUAACGUGGUCACAGUGGUUCAUUCCUUUCCCCUCCUUCUUGACUGAAUCAUUAUCCAGAGCGUGGGGAGUCUUUCAAAAAAUGCUUCUCAUUCAAGAAAGAGACCCAGAAUGAAUGACAACAUCCUUCCACCCAGCAUUCUUGGGUGCCCAGCAGUGUUCCAGUUAGUGGGCGGUGAACGAAUUAAGAAACCAAUCCCUCUACAAGAACAGACUGUCAAAGAUGAGAAGGGACGGUACAAGCGUUUUCAUGGAGCAUUUAGUGGUGGCUUCUCUGCUGGCUAUUUUAACACUGUGGGUUCAAAAGAAGGAUGGGCACCAUCGACCUUUGUAUCAUCACGUCAAAAGAGAGCAGAAAAAACUGUCCUUGGGCCAGAAGAUUUUAUGGAUGAAGAGGAUCUUGGUGAACAUGGAAUAGCACCUAAGGAAAUUACAAUUACUGAUGAAUUUGCUUCCAAAAGCAAAGAUAAAAUAAAGGAGAAGGCCCAGCGGAUUGCUAGGGUUGUUGCUCCUAUUCCUGGAGCCACACUGUUGGAUGAAUUCAUAGCACCUGCAAAGAUAACUAUUGGUGUUGACUUGUUGCGAAAAAUGGGCUGGAAAGAAGGACAAGGAGUUGGACCACGAGUAAAGAGAAAACCACGCAAACAAAAACCUGAGCCUGAAGUGAAAAUAUAUGGUUGUUCAUUGCCACCAGGGUCUGAAGAAUCUGAGGAAGAAGAUGAUGAAUAUCUGCUGGAAAAUGUGACGUUUGCACCCAAAGAUGUAAUGCCUGUAGACCUGACUCCUAAGGAGGAUGUCCAUGGACUUGGUUACAAAGGCCUGGACCCCACCAAAGCCUUAUUUGGAGUUUCAGAAGAACACUUGAGCCUUUUUAGUCACAGUUCUGAAAAUACAGGUCUGCUUGGUGAGCUGCAGCACAGUAAAGGACGAAAACUUGGUAUCUCAGGCCAGGCUUUUGGUGUAGGAGCUUUGGAAGAGGAAGACGAUGACAUUUAUGCUACUGAAUCGCUUUCCAGAUACGAUACUGUUCUGAAAGAUGAAGAGCCUGGAGAUGGGUUGUACGGCUGGACAGCACCCCAGCAAUAUAAAAGCAAGCAAGGAGUAGAGAAACAACUUAAAUAUAUCGGGAAGGUUUUGGAUGGUUUCUCUCUGGCAUCUAAGUCUGUGACUUCCAAAAAGAAGAUCUAUCUACCUCCUGAUCUACCAAAGGAUUACAAACCAGUCCAUUACUUUCGACCCGUGAUAAAAGCUAGUAGUGAAAACUCCCAUCUAGUGCAGACGUUAGCAGAAUCCACUGGGAAGCUUGAAAGCAAUUCAACACUGCAAAGCAGACACCAAAAUACUGCUUCUCAGAGGAGGGAAUUGCUGGGUGAAACAACUCUUCAAGGUCCAGCAGCUUCUGUUCUGGAGUAUCUGUCAGAAAAAGACAAGGAGAGAAUCAGAGAAGUGAAACAGGCAGCCGUACAGCAGAUGAAAGCUCCAGAGCUGCUUCAGCAACCUUCGUAUAACCAAUUCCAUGCACCUGCUUUACACGAUACUCCACUGAAGUGGCCGUUGGGGACCCAGUUGGCCACCACUGGUCCUAGUGAUUUCAAGCCAUUUGGAAAGCAGCCAGAAAAACAAAAGCGAUAUGAAAAUUACAUAGAAACUCUUAAGCAUGAAAAGAAAGAUACGGUAGAAAGCUGUUUAGAUCAGAAUAUGACUGAAUGGGAGCGUGGAAGAGAGCAAGAGGAGUUCUCUCGUGCUGCAGUGCUGUACAAAUCCUCCAGCUCUGUCUUAUCUUCAAGGUUUACACAUGCUAAGCAUGAAGAUGACACGGAUAAAGUAGAAGUCCCUCGAGAUCAAGAGAUGGACAUUGAUGACAAAGAGGCUGCUGCAAAGAUGAAGAUGUUUGGGAAGCUCACAAGAGAGAAGUUUGAGUGGCACCCUGACAAGCUAUUGUGCAAAAGGUUUAAUGUUCCCGAUCCCUAUUCAGAAUCAUGUAUUGUUGGAUUGCCCAAAGUGAAACGUGACAAGUAUUCUGUAUUUAAUUUCUUGACGGUAUCUGACUCUGCAUUAAAGACAUUGAGCAAACCCACAAAUGUAGGAGUGGAGGAAAGUAGUAUUCCAAACAAGCCAAAGAAGCCAUCAAGAUGGGAUGUAUCUGACAAAGAGAAGAAAAAAAAGGAUGCCAUUAGUGAAUUCAUAAGUGUGGCUAGAUCAAAGGUUAAUGUUCAGGAGCAACCACCAACGCCAGUCAACGAGAAGGACAAAAAUAGGACAAAUGAAGCUGUUUCCAAUAAGACAGCAAGUGAAUCUAUUGGUCACAAUGAAGAAGUAGAAGAAGAAGAAAGCAGACCAUCCAUGGAUUUAUUUAAAGCCAUCUUUGCCAGCUCUUCGGAUGAAAAAUCAUCUUCAUCUGAAGAAGAGAGUGAUGGAGAAGACCAAUCAUUAACAGUGAAGGAACCAGCCUCUGAACAUGGAAAGCCUCAUGAUCUGCCAGAUACUCCUUCAGCUUCUGAACAUAGAAAGCUUCAUGAUCUGCCAGAUACUCCUUCACUUGACGUACAAGAAGUCAUCACACCUGAGCUUCCUCUUACUAUAAUUCCACCCUCAAAGGAAAGAAUUGAUCAAGAAGAGGAAUUUGGACCAAGACUGCCUCCAGCUGUUGUUUCCGACAUUCCUUCAAAGCAUGAGGAAAUACAGCUGACAAGUUCUCCUGAAGUGACUAAGAAAGAGAAGACUAAAAAGAGCAAAGGAAAACACAAGACCAAAAGAGUGCACAAACACAAAAAGGAAAAGAAAAAGAAGCACAAGAAACACAAAGCCAAGGGCAAACACAAGAAUAAGAAAUCUGAGAAAAACAGUGAUUCAGACACUGCUGAUAGCAGCGACAGUAACAGUGAAGAAGAGAUCACAGAUAUACCACCACAGGAACUUUUAAGAAGACACUUUAAGCAGGAGCAGAAGAGGAAAAGCUGGAGGGAGAGGGCUAAAACAUCUUCCACUAGAAAAACGGUAGCCUGGAUUCUUAUAUCUCACCUUCAAGUCUCAAAACAGAUCUCCUCUAUGAUGGCAGAUCAGCAAUAUAAAGCAUAUUUGAGUGUCCUGUAAAUACUGUAUUUAUGUUGGAUUUGAUAGCAUCAAAUCAUAACAUGUUGUUAAUUUUGUGGAUUCAUAGCUAACCGAAUGAAAUGUGGAAUCCUGGAAAAGGCUCAACUUUGUGUGACUCCAAUAUUGUAAUAUCAAGAGGAAUCAUGCAAGUUCUGCAUUUUAAUGAAGAUAAGCUCGAGGAAAUUUUAAUAAACAGAAUUUACUAAG